CACAUUUCCUGUUUAUAACUGAACAGAGUACACACAAAAGAGUUGAAGAAACAGAGGAGAAAAAAAAACCUGAGUGCUGAUAAAGACAUAUGUCGGUGCUGUGCUGUUUCUAACAUAACAUAGCAACGGUAUUUAAGGGGAAAAGUUUGUGGGAGAAUUCUAAGCCUACCGAUCUCUUUCAUGGAAGUACACAGACUCUUCUGAAAAGACAAGCAUGUCUGGAAACUCUGGAUGCCCCUUCUUCCUCUGGGGACUUCUAGCCUUCUUGGGUUUGGCUCUGGUUAUAUCGGUGAUCUUCAAUAUUUCCCACUAUGUAGAGAAGCAGCGACGAGAUAAAAUGUACAGAUACUCUGAUGACUACAUUCCAAGAGUUGAUGAAUAUUAUGUUGAAGAUGUUCCAAUUUAUGGUAACUUAGAAAAUAUAAUCCCAGAACCACUGGACGAAGACUGCUAUGAGCAAAUGAAAGCUCGACCUCAGAGAUCGGCGAGUGAUGCACAGGAGGCAGCUGCACCUGCACAGGUACCUGCUGAAGCUCAGAUGUGCUAUGCCUCACUGGAUCACAGCGUGAAGGGGAAACGCAGAAGGCCCAGGAAACAGAAUACUAAUUUGUCAGACAGAGGAAAGGAUGCACAAGUCUACACAAUGGAUGCCAAUGUUUCUCAGAUCAAUAUGGUAGAAAGUUUCCCACCAGAUAACCAGGUAGUAGAGGAAAGUGUUCAUGAUGACCCUGCUAGACUGUUUGGGUUGAUCCGUGCCAAGAGAGAGCCUGUAAUCUAACUGGACCGUGAUCCAUCUCAAUGAUAACACCCUUUGAAAGAUGGUUAAAAUCCCUCAUGUGACACACAGGGACUGGCACAGUGACAGUCUGCUCAUUUGUCGAUGGGAUGGUACCUUCCUUUUUUCAUGGAUUGCAUCCCUACACACUAAAUCUAAUAAAAUUAGCUAUAUGAAUUCAGUAAUAGGAAAAGUAGAUUAAUAAAAUGCAGUUUGCAAAUUAAAUUACUUCAUACUAAAAUCAAAAUGAACAGUAAUAUCUAGCAAGAACAAAUUUUUAAAAGUAUAUAUGUGCUAUGGGACAUCUUGAAUGAAAGAGAAAAGCCAGUGUCUUUAAAAAAAUUAAUCAGUAAAACAUGUCUUCUUUCAUCAAUGUGAAUAAAUAGAAGAAAUUUCUAAUUAAAAGUUCACUGCCAAGAAAAGUAGAAUAAUCUUGAAUAUUUUUCCAAAAUGUAAAUAGUAUCAUUAGUUUUUUAAAUUUUUAUAAAAAUAUAUCCAUGCUUUUUUCAACAAUUAAAAAUUAACAAAAAAUUCUACUAGUCAGAGAUAAUAUGAAUGAAUAUUUUUUAUGAAUAACUGUGUUUCUGGAUAUUUUGCUAGACACAACCAUCUGUGUGGGUCAGCUUUUCCUGUUCUCUGUUUUAACUUAAAAAUAGGGGAUUAUGCAUAUUAUUUAAAUUCUCUUUGUGUAUCGAGAGACUAUGGCUUUGUUUCUACUAUACUUAACUAUUUUAAAAUGUAUUCAAUUUUCAAUUUGAUGAUUCCGGGAGGCAAACACAAGGUCUUUCAGAUGAAAGACAAGUACUCCACCACUGAGCUUCCUCGCAAGUCUGUCUCUGAAUUCUGAUGUCUGUAUUGUAUCUCAUUUAUGAUUAAAUCAUAAAUCAUUUAAAGACGUUUAAA